AAAGAUAUUUAUAAAUAUUAUAAUGGCAUUUUCCCUACAUAUUGGCACCAAAUGGUGUCACGAUUUUCCAAAAUUGGCAAGAGAAUCAGGUUUUUACUUUGAUAAGCAUAAAUCUAAAGUACGAAUAGACUGGAACCGUAUAAGUAGCAUAGAUAUAGAUCGGGUUAUAGGAGAAAGAGAUUUUUAUACGAUUGAUGACAAUAUAAAUAAUGUAAUAGAUUAUUGUCUAGAAAGUGAAUAUGAUGUUAAAAUUUUAGAUUCAAAUUUUGUUAAACUAUUUCGCCUUGCACAGCUAGCAGUUGAAUAUUUAUUGUAUUGUAAACAAUAUUUGGAUCAUAGUGUAAUAAUAUUAAAAGAUGAAUUGAGAUCAAAAAUAGAAGAGAAUGUUAAAUUAAAGAAAGAAAUAACUACCUUGGAAGAAAUGAUAAAACGUUUAAAAGAAAAAACAAAAGAGCGAAAUAGAUUAAUAGAAACUAAGAUUGGAGAUUGUAGUGGUGAAAUAUAUAAAUGCCCCCAUUGCCCAAAAACUUUUAUAUCUUCUAUGUUUGUAAGUGCUCACGUUAUACGUCGCCAUGCGUAUACAUCAGAUUUAUACAUGCCUGCAUCUCCUAUACACGAGCACUAUCGUAACGAGACUGAAAAAUUACACAAUGAAAUUAAAAAUUUAAAGGAAAGGCUAAAUGAAACAGAAAAAGUGAUAAGAAAUGAAGCUGAAAAAGUUUCUGAUAAAAAGACAAUAGAAUAUGAUAAAAAACAGUCUGAACAAGAAGCUGAAAGUUUUAAACAUAAUGUUAAUAAAUCUGAAGAGUAUCAAGAACAUAAAGGAUAUCAAGAGGAAAUAAAAAAUUUGAAAACUAUGCUGUUUGAUGAAAUACACAAUUUAAGGCAAAAAGAAAAAACUAUGUAUGAAUAUAAAACAGAAACAAAUAUGCAGACAUUGAUGAAUCAGCAAGAAAAAGAGUUUCAAAAAUUAAGAAAUCAGCUGUUUGAAAAAUUAAAUCCAGACAUAGAAAGUAUGCAUGCAAAAUUAUUUGCUCAAGAAAAUUUUUGGAAAUCAAAAAUAGAACAGUUGGAACAUCACCAUCAGAAAGAUGUUGAAAGACUGACCAUAGAAUUAAAACUAACACAAAAAAUAGCUGACAGUAUGAAAGCUGAAUAUGAAUCUAAAGUUAAUUAUCUAGAACGCCAAGCUGCAAAUCAAUCAAAUAUUUUAACUGAACAAAGUAAACAAUUGCAUUCCUUAUCUAAUGAAAUAAAUGUUUCACAGCUAAAUGAAAAUAGUUAUAAUUCUGAAAAUAAUUUACCGAAAAAAUACAACCAAUCUGCAAUAUUGAAACAAUUCAAUGAAACUGAAAAGAAAUCAAAUGAAGAUGAUUUUAAAAAAGAAUCUCAGUUAAGUAUGAAAACACAGAAAAUUAUUGUUGGAAAUAUUAAUAGUAUAAGUUCAGAUCCAUCAAACAAAGAAAUUCUACUAGCCUUAGAAAAUAAAUUAUCGGAAAGUAUGCAUACCUUGAAACCUAGAACUCAAACCAUCAUGUGUGAAAGUAAAGGAAGUGUUGAACAACAGAGUACAGAAACUAUGAAAGAUAUAAAGUUUGAUAAUGAAAAUAAAAGAAAUGAUACUUCAGAAUCAAAAGAUUUAACUAUUGAAUCAAUUAAGAAAGCUGAGUUAAAUGAAUCUAAUAUACGUAAGUUAAAAGGUUCGUCCGUCAAAAACAUUUCUCAAGAUUUCCUAUCUCGUGUAAAAAAUAAAAAAUUAGAAACUUUAUCAGACAAUUUUUCUUCUGAAACAAGCUCAGAAUUAUCUGUUUCUGACUCACGUAUACCUUCAGAAAUAGAGAGUAUUACUAAGAUUCGAAAUAAUUAUCCAUUACAUAAAUAUAUAACACAUACAUCAGUUUCAUCAAAACCUAAAAGACUAACAGAACAUGAUUCACUUUAUAAAAAACUACAAAUAAAUUUAAAAGAUAUAUUUGAACAGAAAUUACGAGAUUUAGGAAUAGACCCUGAAUGGCAGGGAAUACCUAAAGCAACUUUUAAGCAAAAAAUGGAUAUUUUGAAACAUCAUCAAAAAAUUGCUACAAAAAAAUUACCAAAAUAUCAUCAAAUUAAAUUAAAAAUAAUUAAAGAAGUUCUUGACAAAAUUUCUAAGAAAGACAAAGUGGCCGAAAGUCUUAAACAUUUUAAAAAGUCACCUUCACAUAAAUUGGUCACUGCUGUCAAACCAGCAUCACUUGAUGAUAAAAAAAAUCUUAGUAAUACUUCUCCACUAACAGGUACAGCGUCUAAUGAUUUUCAUUCUACAUUAGAAGGUGAUCAUUCUGUUAGAAGAGUAAUUGAUAAUGAAUCAUCGGUUAAAUCUACAAAACUUGCUAACAUUAAGACUACGGAAAAAUUAAUACAGCUUACUCAAAAUUCGAUAAAAUCUACAGGAAACAUUCAACAUGCAAUAAAUUCACAAGAAUCUUCUGUACAAAGGGGUUCAUUCAGUAAAAUGAAAACUUUAUUUAAUUCUGAACAAUUUAAUACAACUCUAAACGAUAAGGAUAUAUUAAAUAAUAAACUUGUGAAGAGCAAUAGUAUGGGCAAUUUAAAUAUGGAACAGCAGUUACAAAAUGUUUCAGUAUCUCCAAAAUAUAAUAAAAGUGUUCUCAAGUCUGCAACUGCUUCAACAAGUAGUUUAAUGAAAAAGAAAGUUAUUUUUGAUUUAGGAAAUGAAAGAGAUGAAGAAUCUUUAUCUGAUUAUGGUGUAGAGGAAGAAGAAUCAUUAUCUGAUUGUGAUAAAAAGAAAGGAGAAUCAAAUGAGAGUAAUCGGAAUACCGAUGGAAGAAAGCAUCUGACUGGGACAGAAGUUUAUAAAAAUUCAGAUAAUAUUAUACUAAAAACUACUCAAAGUGAUAAAAUUGCUGAAAUAUCAAGAAAACUUGAAGCGCAGUUAAAUAUGGUAAGACAGAAACCAGUAGGAUCAGUUGAAACAAUAUUUUCUUCAACAUAUAAACAAGGAACAAGAAAUGAAAAUAUAAUGAAAAAUGAAAAUGAAAAUGAAAAUGAAAAUGAAAAUAUAAAUUACACCAGUAUAAAUUCUUUUCUAGAGAGUUCAUUCAGAACAUCGAAUUCUAAAUUGACAAAUGAAUUGUUACUAUCGCCACAUAAUGUAAAAGAUAAAGUAAGUGAAACUUUAUAUGCAGAAUCCGUAUCAGAUAUAUCAGAUCUGGAUUCCGAUAUAGAUAAAAUUUUAAAAUUAGAAUAAUUGUAAACAAAUAGUACGUUUGAAAUAAUCAAAGUCGUACGAAUAUGUUUCUUUGUAUAAAAAAAAGUAUUUUUAACUCGGAAUGACUAGUAUAAAACAGUAUUAGUAUAUAUUUAAUUAAACUUAAUCUAUGUAGUUCUUCAAACCAAAGUAUACGUAAGUACAAUUAUCGUAUGAUAUUAAGUCAAUCAAUACUUUAUGUAUAACAUAGUACCUUAUCUAUAAAUAAAAAGGAACGAGUC